AUGGAGCUCACGCCCCCAUCAGACCGCGAUGGAGACUCCACCAUGCACUCUUCCCCCCGCAAUGCCUCGGACGACGAAAUGUUCCCCGAUGAGGCGCUUCCAAACAACCCAGCUACGCCACAUAACGCAAAUAUUGCUGCCGUAAACGAAAUCUCGCCGCCAAACUCCCAGUCCCAGACUCGCGAGACAUUGGGUGUAAACUCCAACGGCAAGCGCCCAUUGUCUGGUGGCACGAUGCAGUCCUCGGCAACAAACACCCUGGGCACAAGCGGGACACAUACAGAUCCUGAGACAGGUUACCAGUGGAGCAAGCAGGAGGAUCAGCCGGGCUACGAGUGGAUGAACACAAGGGCGAGGGAGGAGGAAAACAGAGCACUCGACAACAUUGUUGACAAGGGAUAUAUGAUCAAACUGCGGUACGGUGAUCCUCUAGAUGCGAGCGUGGCCGCGAAGGCGAAGCGCUGA